GGGGGGCGUUUCCCGGACGUCCGGACGCGCUUACGUCACCGGACGGACGCAGGAGAAGCGGAGAGUUGUGCGGUCGCCAUGUCAGCGAUGAGCGCGCAGAGUGGCGGACGAAGAAGCAAGUGGGAUCAGCCAGGCCCGGGCGCCGCGACCCUCCUCCUCCCCGGAGUCAUGCCCGUCAUCCCUCCCAUGGGCGCCAACGUCUUUGCCCCCGCGGGCCCGAUCGGCGCCAACAUGUUCGCUCCCCCCGCCGAGGAGAAGCCGAUGGCCGGCUCGGGGGAAGGGGUCAGCGCUCCCACGGGGGCUCUGGACGCGGCCGCCGCUGUGGCCGCCAAGAUCAACGCCAUGCUGAUGGCCAAAGGAAAGAUCAAACCUUCGCAGUGCCACCCGGAUAAGGUCCAGAUGCCCGGCAAACCUGGCAAUGCCACCAAAAGCAAAGAUGAUCUGGUGGUGGCGGAAGUGGAGAUCAACGACGUGCCUCUGACGUGCCGGAAUCUGCUAACGAGGGGACAGACCCAAGACGAGAUCAGUCGGCUGAGCGGGGCAGCGGUGUCCACGCGGGGGAGGUACAUGACGCCGGAGGAAAAAACCAAAGUGGGCCCCAGCGACCGGCCGCUUUAUCUUCACGUCCAAGGCCAGACGAGGGAGCUUGUUGAUCGAGCUGUGAACCGAAUCAAGGAAAUUAUCACCAAUGGGGUGGUGAAAGCAGCCACAGGCUCCAGCCCCACGUUCAAUGGAGCCACCGUGACGGUCUAUCACCAGCCGGCCCCUGUCACCCCUGCGGCACCCAUAUCGUCAUCCAAGCCUCAGUUCCAGUCAGGGAUGCAUUAUGUACAGGACAAGUUGUUUGUGGGUCUGGAGCACGCCAUGACCACGUUUAAUGUGAAGGAGAAAGUGGAAGGACCCGGCUGUUCUUAUCUUCAGCACAUCCAGGCGGAGACCGGGGCCAAGGUGUUCCUCCGAGGAAAGGGCUCCGGCUGUAUCGAGCCCGCGUCUGGUCGAGAAGCCUUUGAGCCCAUGUAUAUUUAUAUCAGGUGUGUGGCUUUGAGGUCGUUUAUGAACAAAUUAAACAGGAUUGGUCCCAGCACAGAACCCUUUCCUUUGUGUCUUAACAGCCACCCGAAGCCUGAAGGACUGGCAGCGGCUAAGAAACUUUGUGAGAAUCUUCUACAGACGGUACACGCCGAGUACGCGAGGUUUGUGAAUCAGAUCAGCUCGACUUCUGCCAUUCCUGGGUACACGCAGGUUCCGACGAUGGGCGCAGUAGCCUUGCAGCAGCCCUACUACCCAACCAAUGGCUACCAGACUGGAUUUCCUGUGGUGCCAGCAUUACCGCCUCAGCCGGUCCAGGUUCCUUAUGUGGUUCCGCCGCCGAUGGGAACCCCUGUGCACCCGAUGCCUUCAGUUGUGCCCACCUUGCCAGCUCCAGUGCCCUCGGGGCCAACUCAGUAUCCAAUCCCGCAGCCUCCGGUCACCACCAUUCCUGCACCAUUGAAUUCGCCUUACCUGCCUCCUGGAGCAGUAAAACAGUCAACGGCACCUCAGCCACCACAGAGCGCCCCCCAGUGUCAGAAGAGAAGAUUCUUGGAGGAGCUGCCAGAAGAGCAAGAUGCCAGGCUGUUGGGAUACCAGCAUGGACCCAUUCAUAUGACUAAUUUAGGUACAGGCUUCCCGGCCCAGAGCAAGGCGGACGCUCCAGCAGGCAAAGUCGAACCAACCUGCGGCAAGGAACGCGAGAGGGACAGCAGGCAGCUGAUGCCCCCGCCACCCGGACUUCCAGUACCGACGCAGAAAGAUGGCGAAGACACGUCAUUACCCCGGUCCUCCUUGGGCUUGGACGAAACUCCCACCAAAAAGGCGAAGACGUCCGACAAAACCUUCGGGUUGGUAGCCUACGCAGGGGACUCCUCCGACGAGGAAGAGGAGCACGGCGCCCAUAAGAGUCCAGGUUCUUACACGCAAGGCUGGAACGUGAACUACCAGUACCCGGCAAACCAGCAACGAGCCAAACAGCAGAUGCCUUUCUGGAUGGCCCCCUAGGACUCUACCGUUUUUUGCAUUCCAGACACCCCCCCCUUGCCCCCCCAUCCACCCCACACCUCUGUGACUUGUAGCAAUAAUUUGGCAUGUACACAACCCCCACCUGAGACCUUGUGCGUGUUGCUUUUUUUUUUUUUUACGCAAACUUUAUUGGCAAGAGCAGGUGAAGGGAUGCAAAAAAACGGGAUCCGUUUUUAUAAAGCUUUAUUUAAAUCGGACAUUUUUACUUUAAAACAAAAAAGACAACGUUCCAUUUUAUAAAAGGGCUGUUUUGUUUGCCCCUUCCAAAACAUACAUGGAUUGCAGGAGGACACCGGACGAGGGCCCUUCGCUAAUGCCACCCCAUUAUUUUUUGUUACCUGGUCUCCUUGUUUAGGACUGUUGACAUUGCCCGGGCUUGGAGCACUUUGUGUUGGUUGUAGUUCCCAGGAAAAUGGUUUGGCUUGACAUUGGUGCUGAAAAUAGCUGCAGUUUGGGUGGAGUAGCAGCCAUGUUUUUUUCUUGGGCAGCCACGUCUGCUGACGGAGACUGGGCGCGGAAUGCUGCUCAAAGCCAGCGAUUCCAUUCCCGUGGUCUGCAGGUGAAGGGGGUGCAGACUGUCAACAUGCCCAUACAGAGCAAUGUGCGUAGUAAAUAGAGAAACCAGCCACCAUAACCUGUAUGAGGAUCUGCUUCAGCCUACAAGUCUCCACGCCCUUUGACGAGUUUCGCCCCACAGAGACGAAACAUGUCGGGGCCGUGGUUUCUUUGGCGGAGAUUUAGGCUGGUUAACAAUGGCAGAAUAGAAUCCUCUCCUUUUUGUUUACCCCAUGUAAUCAAAAACCACUACACUAGACCGCCGUUUAUCCAACCAACCAGUAUAACCUAUAAUAUGAGGAUCUGCUUCAGCCUACAAGUCUCCACGCCCUUUGACGAGUUUCGCCCCACAGAGACGAAACAUGUCGGAGGCCGUGGUUUCUUUGGCGGAGAUGUAGGCUGGUUAACAAUGGCAGAAUUGAAUCCUCUCCUUUUUGCUUAAACCACUAGACCACCGCUCUUCCAACCAGCCAGUAUAACCUGUAAUGUGAGGAUCUGCAAGUCUCCACCAAGAAACUAUGCCCCUCAACGAGUUUUGCCCCCACCCACUGAGAGGAAACGGGUCGUUUCAUGGCUGGCUAGUCUCGACUGCUGUUCUGUCGGCUUACCCGCCAAUCAGGGAAUGGUUUCUGGUCACAUGGGGUAAGCAAAUGGAUGUUUUUACUCUGCCAUAGUUCACCAGGAGGAGAACAAUCCACCGGAUCUCCUGCUAAAUAAUGCCCAUGACAAGUCUUGGCUGCUGCUCUACCCAGACUGCAGCACAGCAGCCACCCCCCCUAUUGAUGGUCUUCUCUGUUCGGGGUCAUUUUUAUUUCAUUUUCUAAGUUUAUGUUCAGGGAGUUAAAGUGAAAGAAAACAAAUCUUCAUAUUA